CAGCGAAGGCUCCGCGCUCCCCCCCCCCCGAUAGCCUCCUUCCCCAUCAUCAAGAGCUUCGCGGGCUUCCCUUAAACGGAGGCGGCCCAACUGCCCACAGCUGCUGGGCUGCGCCAAGCGAACCCCGCUGCGGGCUGACCGAAGCGGGCGGCUGCUUCCAUUCUCCUGGCCGUGGGAACUCCGCCCGCCCCGCCGCUUUUCUCCCGGCUCAGAGAAAGGGGAAGAAGGGGAAGGGAGGAAGUGGUGGCCGCCCUCAGCCGGCCGGUUCUCGCUGAGGCGCCACAACGGUCUCCCUUCUUCUUCCCCCCCACAAGCGCCCGGAAGGAGGCUGAGGGCCAAGACCUCCGGCUGACUUUGCCGGCCGUAAGGACGGAGCUGGACGGGUCCUGAGGGGAAGCUCGGCAUGGCAGCCGCCGCCUCCGCCGCCGCCUCAACAGAAAAACACUCCGCGGCUUGCAAUGUGCUGAUUGUGUACGGAAAAGAUGCUAAGGAAUGGUGUCAGUAUCUUCAGAGUCUCUUGCGGUCAUGCCAAGAAAUCCAAAGCUGCAGAGUGGAGAGCAGAGCUUCUAUUUCCACGGAGGAAGAGGUUCUCUUCAAGAACAGCAAGUGUAUAAUUAUUCUACUGUCAUCUGAAUUGGUAGAGAGCUUCUGUAUCCCUGCUGUACUUCAGACUCUGCAAAAUGCUCUGCGACCUCCAUCAAAAGUGGUGAAAUUCUUCUGUGGGGUUUCGGCGUGUGAGAAUUACGAUGAGUUUUUCAAGGACUGGUCUCAAUGGAAAGAGCUUACCUAUGAUGAUGAACCAGAGACCUACGUUGAUGCAGUCCUAAAAGUUAUUUCAGAAGCAGAUUCUGGUUGUGAUUCAGUGGCUGAUGCAAAGGAGGACGAUGCUGGCAGUCUACAAGCGUCAUACAGUUUUCCAGCCUGUCAGGCAUAUGAACCUUUAGUGACCAGAUUAGAAAACCUUGUUGCAGUGCAGCCUGACCGUAUACGCUGUGGGGUGCAGACAAUCAUUUUUAUAAUCCUAAAGUGUAAAUUGGAUAGACAAAUAAAAAUGGAAGUGGAAUUUUCUUCUAAGAGCUGUCAGCCACUGCGACUAUCAGCAAAUAUUGAAAAUGAGUAUACAGUCUCUGUUAACACACCAGACUUAUCAUCUGGAACUGUAUGUUUGAAACUAUUUUCUGGAGAUUUAAUGAUAGCUGAAUCAAACAUCACUUACUAUACUGACAUGGAAGAAAUAAGCAACUUGUUGUCUACUGCAGCAAAUCCGGUGGAAUUCAUGUGUCAGGCAUUUAAGAUUGUACCCUAUAACACAGAAGCUCUGGACAAAAUCCUCACAGAAUCAUUGAAAACAAACCUUCCUGCCAGCGGUUUGCACCUCUUAGGAAUCAACCAAUUGGAAGAAGAAAAUAUUACUAGUCAAAGAGACGAAGAGCUACCAACUCUGCUGCACUUUGCUGCAAAAUAUGGUUUAAAAAAUCUCACAGCCCUGUUGCUUACAUGCCCAGGAGCUCUGCAGGCUUAUAGUGUUGCCAACAAGUAUGGUCACUAUCCUAACAAUAUUGCUGAAAAGCAUGGCUUCAAAGAUCUCCGUCAAUUCAUUGAUGAAUAUGUGGAGACGGCAGACAUGCUGAAAUCUCACAUAAAAGAGGAGUUGAUGCAAGGGGAGGAAGAUGGCUCUGUUUAUGAGUCCAUGGCUCAUGUCUCGGCUGACCUGUUGAUGAAAUGCUCAAUGAACCCCAGUUGCGAUGAAGAACUCUAUGAAUCCAUGGGUGGUCUGAUCCCCAGCUCUACAGAGGACUUAUAUGUAGAAAUGCUUCAGUCAGAUGCUAAUAAUCCUCUUUCACGGACAACCAAGGACUACAUGAUGCGCAGAUUCUUAGAAGGUGUUAAUUUGGAGAUACCAGAAUCUAAAGAAGGUAUCUACCAUCAAAGUGAAGACAAAGAUGUCUAUCAUACUGUGGAACAAGACAGCUUUCCCCAGGAAAUGGUCAACCGGCCACCUGUUCCUGUUCCAAGACCUGAUCCCUCCUUCAUACAACAAGACAAAGAACCAUACAUUUAUAAAGUGUUUACAGAAAAAGAUCAAGAGAAAUCUGGGAGUCUUUAUGUUUCUACAAAAAAUAUUGGCAAAGAACAAAUAAAUACACUUUCAAACCAGUCUCAGCAGAGUAUAUAUGACCCAUUUGCUGGUAUGAAGACUCCAGGUCAGAGGCAGCUGAUUACUCUACAAGAGCAGGUGAAGUUGGGGAUGCUCAGUGUAGAUGAAGCUGUCCUGUGUUUCAAAGAGUGGCAGUUAAAUCAAAAGAAGAGAGCAGAAUCGUUUCGCUAUCAACAGGAAAAUCUAAAACGGUUACGUGAUAGCAUCACUCGACGACAGCUUGAAAAGCAAAAGGCUGGGAAGCACGCAGAUUUGGAAAUUACUGUACCAGUUGGACAUUCUCAGAUUAUGCCAAAGAAACCAGAGUGUAGCGUUUAUAAAUAUAAUCCAAGGAAAAAUCUUAUCCCAAGUAAAGAGAUAACGCGAGGGGACUGGAAGACAGAAAGCACAUCAAGUACUGCAAGCAGUUCAAGUAACCGAUCAAGUACCCGAAGUCUAUUGAGUAUCAGUAGUGGGAUGGAGGGCGACAAUGAGGAGAAUGAGAUACCCGACAUGAAGAGAAAUUUCUGCUCUAGAACCUUGCAGGUAGACAACAACCAACUUUCCAUUUCAUUUGGAAGGCCUCCAAGGAUACCGCCUCGAAGUGCUAGCAGAUUAUUGAACACUGACAACUUCCAUCCGCCACCUGUGCCUCCAAGAGGUCGUGAUAAGUUACACUAAAUCUUUUGGAUAUUAAAAACUGAAAGAUGAGAAUGACUUUUGAAUGGCUAUGCUGUAACUCUAGUCAGCAUAUCAGUUCACCCCUUGUGAAUCUCAAAUGAAUCAUUUUGGAAGAAUUUACUCUAAAAAUUGAGUCAAGGGUAAAUGAACAGAAAUUCAGCAUUUAGAACAAACUGUUAGAACAUGAAAAAAAUAUGUUGAACUUAUUAGAAUUCUUAGAUUCUAAUUAUACCAGACAAAAGGUGUCUCAAUCAUUUCUCACCAAUUCCUAAACUUCAGAAUGGAGUAGCUACCAGCAGAUAUUUUUUCUCUGUUUAUCUACAAAUAAACUAGCCAGUGAUGCGGCUCUGAAAACAAAUUUACUCUGUUGUAGAUAACUUUCACAAUAUAGUGAAAUUACGGUGCCUUGUAUUGAAUAGUGCAAUUCAUUUGAAAUUUGUCUAAUUUCCUAAUGAUUUUAUGAUAAUCUCAUAUUCAGAAUUGUGUAAUUGAUGCAUCUGGUUGCUGUUCCAGUAAUACAAUACUGAGAAAUUGAGCAGGAUUUUUCUCUUCAGAUCGUAUAACUUAAAUCAAAGAAUCUCUAUGUGAGUCCUGAAUCUGUGUUAUUUCUGUGCAAGUACACCAAGAAGUACUUAGCAGACCAUGAAUAUAAAGAAACUUGGUUCUUAUUUUUGAAUUUCAAUAAAAAUUUGUGCACCCAUCUCAACAGACAGGGAUCACAUCAUUACUAGAAGAGAUUCUUGUUCCCAUUGGAGACAGACUCUAUCCAAAAAGGCAGCUAGAUCUGUUGGUUUGUGAGAAAAUGUAAUAGCAUAGCACAGGGGUCUGCAGACUUGGCUCUUUUAAGACUUUUAAGACUUUUAAGCAAAGCUGGCUGAGGAACUCUGGGAGUUGAAGUCCACAAGUCUUAAAAGAGCCAAGUUUGCAGACCCCUGGCAUAGCAGGAGAUGGAGAGGACUGCAUCUACAACCUAACAAGGUGAAACAGCUGCCAGGCCCAAUGCAUAUCUUGCAUUGAGUUUCAAGAUAUAUUCAGGUAAUCCUUCGGAUGGCAACUUGGACCAGAAUUUUAUUUCUAAGUGCUACAGUCAUAAUACGUGACAUCACUGGACAACAUUGCUUAGCAAUGGAAAUUCUGGCACUUCCAGUUGCCAUCAUUAAGCAAAUCAUGAUGGGUUGUUAAGCCAGGACAUCAUGUACUUCUCAUCUGUGACCUCAUGCUGGCUUCCCUAUUGACCUUGUUUGUAGGAAGAAAUGGCAAUCAUGUGAACAUGACGAUGCUGUGACAGCUGGAACUUUGAGGACCAUUCAUAAAUAUCACUUGUUCAGCAUUGUUGUAAGUUUGAAUUGUCACUGAACAAGUGUUUGCUAAGCAAGGAACUCCUGUAUGAUAUGUCGUAUACUGUAUAGGUUUUUUUUUAGAGCUCAGCCUGAAUACAAAUGCACAGGAUUGAAAUUCUUAACUCAGUUCCCUUUUCAGAAUUUUCAUUUUUUUUUCUUUAAAAAGAAAGAAAUACAUUUGGAAGCUCAUUGAUGUAACAUGCAGGUAUGAUCAAGUUAUUUCCAAUUUGGUACAUUUGUUACAGAAUUUAAUAGAGAGGCGAAAGAUUUACUCUUUACUAUAAUACGUAUAUCAGACUUGCUAUUUUAACUGAAGCCCUGAUUAUACUGUUUCUAGGUUCAUUCACACUUUUUUCUCUUGCACGACUAACUUUUAAGACACUUGGCAACCUGUUUGCCCUUAUGACUGGCUGCCAAGCACCUCAUGAUCAUGUGAUUGCUAUUUUCCAGCUUCUCCAUGGGCUUCCACAGAAAGCUGAUGAUGCUGCCUGCCGAUAGGACUCCCCUCUCAUCUCGGGGGGCCUAGCUGAAAGGCCUGCCAACUAAAUGGAGCUCAAGCCCUCUCCUGGGCUUCAGAAACAGGGCUCGGUUCCUGAAGACCUGAGAGCCUGUUUCUGCUGCCUGCCAUUCUCUUCCAAACAGACAGGAAAGCUCAGCCGCUGCUAGUCUGCAGAGACAGGACUUAGAUGUCAAAGAUCCAAGCCCUGUUUCUGCAGCCCAAUGAGGGGCUGAUCUCCACUUGGCAGAUUUCUAGCCUUCAGAACAAUGAUGUUCACUAGCUUUCUACUUUUCCUGGGCUAGAUAGACUAGUGAAUCCAAGUUUUGUGAGCCUUCCAUUGGCAGGAACGUUGCCCACUGCCAGAUGGCACAAAAUGGCUUUGGUAGGAAGGCCAAUCACACAUCAGCUGGGCACACUUGCAGCUACAGGCAAAGGUAAUGGAUCUGAGUUUGGUGGGGGUGGGGGGACAGCCUGGGCCACCUGGAUGUGCUGGGCCACAGAGAGCACCUCUCCCUGAUGCUCUGCUUAAUGACCUGCACAAUCGCUUGGCAACUCAACCGGGAGAGCUGGAAUUGUCGUCACUGAAUGAGUGAUCAUAUGGCUGUCUGCUUAAUGACCACUUUGCUCAAUGACUGAGAUUCUACUUCCCAUUGUGAUAGUAAAUCAAGGGCUACCUGUAGACUCUAUUGUAGUAAUUUGACUUAGAAAUAACAAGGCUAGUCUGUUGUUGAAGCCUCGAUUCUAAGAGCCAGAACUGGCUGGAGGACUCCCCGCCCCCCCCCCCCCGCCCCACAAACCAUGAAUACUUAUUGUUUAUUUCAAAUACUUUUUUAAAAAGAGAGGUGAUUUAAUUAAUUAUUUUAUUAAUUUAUACUUUUCUGUUGUAUUUUUUUUAAGAACAUGUGCGAUCUUGUUUUACUUGUUAGAUAAUGUAUCAGCUGUAGUUCUUGUAAGAAAUGUACAUGAUUGUACUUAAUUUGUUAUUUCACUAUGUAUAUAAAUUCAUUAUCCACUGAUUCUUUUCAAAUAUUGUAUGUGCAUAAAUCUAUCAGUAGGUAGACAUUUUAAUCAAUCUGUUACUUGUUAUGUGGUUGUGCCACUGCUACAUAAUUCUAUUCAAGUGAAGUCUAUUCAGUGAAGCCUAUUCAGGUGUUCUGAACUCUUCAACUUUUACCAAUGUACUAUGGUUUAAUCCUGUGCCUUGAAGACAAAUGAAUGCUUCUCAAAUUUAUAUAUCAAGAAGUUGAAAUAUCUAUUUUUAAAUUUUAUUUUUAUCUACAUUGUAUAAAAACUGUUUCUAAAGUUUUUUAGCACAUUCCUGAGGAUAACCUGUGUGUUACAAAACAAUGCAAAGCAAUUUUAAUAUAAUAUAAUAUAACAACAGAGUUGGAAGGGACCUUGGAGGCCUUCUAGUCCAACCCCCUGCCCAGGCAGGAAACCCUACACCAUCUCAGUCAGAUGGUUAUCCAACAUUUUCUUAAAAAUUUCCAGUGUUGGAGCAUUCACAACUUCUGCAGGCAAGUCGUUCCACUUAUUAAUUGUUCUAACUGUCAGGAAAUUUCUCCUUAGUUCUAAGUUGCUUUUUUCCUUGAUCAAUUUCCACCCAUUGCUUCUUGUUCUACCCUCAGGUGCUUUGGAGAACAGCCCGACUCCCUCUUCUUUGUGGCAACCCCUGAGAUAUUGGAACACAGCUAUCAUGUCUCCCCUAAUCCUUCUUUUUAUUAAACUAGACAUACCCAGUUCCUGCAACCGUUCUUCAUAUGUUGUAGCCUCCAGUCCCCUAAUCAUCUUUGUUGCUCUUCUCUGCAUUCUUUCUAGAGUCUCAACAUCUUUUUUACAUCGUGGCGACCAAAAUUUUCAACUAUCCCUUUGUAAAUUAAGUUUAGACACAAUUUCAACUAGUGUAAUCAUUCUGCAAAAGCAAUCUCGUAAAGUUUAUUAAGACAAUGGAGACACUUGAAAAAACUUUUCAGAACCCUGCUAGGAGGUUAAGUGACUCUCUUACAAAAAAUAUUUUCAUAUUCUCUGAAAAUACCAGGAGCAUCAUGCUUAUGAAAAUAAAAUGAGGUGAAGUGGGGGUGGUGCUACAGUGGUGCGGUGCAGGGGAACUAGACUCCAUUCUCCCUGUCUGAAUUUCUGCGUUUUGGAAGCCAGUAACGGCAAAGCGGUCCUUGGAGGGGACAGCUAUAGUGAGGGGAGCAUCCAGUGCUGACAGGGAGAGGAGCGAUCCCCCGUUACGGAGGGUGAGAGCCCUGAAAACUGGUGCAGAAGAGACCAGCUGUCAAGGCAAGGUCUGGAGACGUGGCGGCCCGAUAAAGACAGGAGAGGAAGCAGAUAGUGAGAAGUGGCAGAAGUAUUGGUGGAUAGGAAAAACGAACGACACCAAACUAUCUCUCUGGUGGAUGGGAUUUACAAAAACUACUGAAUAGAGGUGAGUCUGAGGUGGAGGUGGAGGUGCCUUAGCGGUGGGAGUGGAGAAGGAAGAAGAUAGAAUUGUUGUGGAUUGGUGAGGAGGGAAAGUGAUUUGCAGAAGAAGGAUUGACAGUGGCAAACAGAGACUUAGUAGAGGCAAUUUACUCAUCUGGAAUUAGAGAGAUCUUUCUUCUACCUGAAGUUCCAAAAUAUCACAGAAACAAGAGAUGAAGACCCACACAAAUUGAUGACAGACAUUCUAGCUGACCCACUACAAAUAGAUAAAAAUGAAUUAAGGAACAACAUCGAUGAAGUAUAUAGGGUGCAAACUAGGAGACACAGACUACUACGGGAGAUACAUAUAAGGUUUGCGAAAAGUGUGGUCAGUGACGAAGUUUAGAAUAGAAUAGAAUAGAAUAGAAUAGAAUAGAAUAGAAUAGAAUAGAAUAGAAUUUUAUUGGCCAAGUGUGAUUGGACACCCAAGGAAUUUGUCUUGGUGCAGAUGCUCUCAGUGUACAUAAAAGAAAAGAUACGUUCAUCAAGGUACAACAUUUACAACACAAUUGAUGGUCAGUAUAUCAAUAUAAAUCAUAAGGAUUGCCAGCAACAAGUUACAGUCAUACAGUCAUAAGUGGAAAGAGAUUGGUGAUGGGAACUAUGAGAAGAUUAAUAGUAGUGCAGAUUCAGUAAAUAGUUUGACAAUGUUGAGGGAAUUAUUUGUUUAGCAGAGUGAUGGCCUUUAUAGAAGAAUGAGGGAUGACCAAUUGACCUACAAAGGAAGAGAGGUCAUAACUUAUUAUAUUUUAUUUAUUUAUUUAUUUUUGAGUUAUUUAUUUUUUCAGUAGAAACACUGAUGCAACAAAUUAGACAGAAUUGGGAAAUCGAAGGAUCAAAAAUUAGAGGACAAGAAUAUACCCUCCUAGCGAAGUCUCCACACCCUACCUUCAAAGCCCAAUGGAGAGCAGGACAAGCUGUGGGAUCUGGAGAUUUAAAGGAAUGGAGUCUCCCACCCCCCACAAGAUCCCACUGUCCCUACCUACUAUCUAGCGAAACCACAGCCAAGGAAACGAGCUUGGUAGAAUCAGCAGAGAAAGAAGACCCUGUUGAGCUUGACUCUAGUCUGGCCCUGUGAAAAGACAUGAGUGGGGUAGAAUAAGUGGGAGGCCUGCCUGUGCCAUCCAAAGUUGCU